ACCCUUCACCUCCCACCACAACAUCAUCCAAGUGCUCCACGGCGAAGCACCAUCACAACGAAUCGUCAGAGCAUUGACAAUUAGCUCGCACACACGCACACAAAGAUAGUUAGUCAUCAUGGACGGCGUAUUCAACAAGGCCAGUGACUUUCUCAAGAACGACAAGAGCGGUCUUGGCGAUGCCAUCAACAAUGCCGGUGGUGGAGGUGCCGAGGGAGAGCGCCGCGAGGACUAUCUGGACAAGGGUAUCGACAUUGUGCAAGAACGAUUUUUGAACGAGGGAAAGCAGGACAAUGAGACUGCUAUUGAUCAGCAAAAGGACAACUUUAUCGCUGAUCAGAUUCGUGAUCGCUACAAGACGUUAGUAGAGGAGGGAAAGAGGGCACGACUCCUACGAUGCGAGAUGCACAGCGGAUCAUAUGCUAGAGUGCUUGGCAUUGCUGAACCGAUGCACUGACACGUUCUUGGUCUCUUUCACCCGUCGCACAUCAUCCCGGCCCUCUUGUCACGAUUCUCGCCCGCAUAGUGCUACUGGUUCUGACUUCCCCAUCAAGGACGGCAUGGGAGCUCAGGACAAGCAGAACUAAGCAAUCUCUUGCUUUAGCGCGACAUGCUCAAACGCCCCUUCACCGUCAAUCCCAAUACGGCACGCAAUCACGAUGCCUAAAGCUU